CGUCGUAAUGACUUGACGACCCGACGGAGACACCGGGGGACACGGUGAUGAGUGCUGGCUUGGUUUUAGUCUCUACGAACUUGGUCGUAUUUCAUCAACGUGUGAAGACAAUCAAUAAUCAGCGCUUUGACCAGCUUCCUAAAUGGCUGUAAUGACACCGAUUGACCAGCAGGCUUAGCUGUGUAAUAUUUGAAAUUGUUGCCAAAGUUUGUUAAAAAGCAACCCUGACGCCUUCCACAUGUGUCACCUGAGCCCCCGCCCCAGCGUCCCACUUUAGCCGCGUCCGCGUCUAGCGUUACGCACCACGCGUCGUCCUCGUCCCUUCAAUCACCGGCACAACAUGCUGAUGUCAGCCCUCGCGGGGCGGUUCAAAGGUCGUCUCAGCGUCUUGCCUCUUCUCUCUCUACAGCUACCGAGUCGCACGCCGACAUGUCUGAGAAAAAGAUGACCUCCAGCCGCAGGCAUCACCUCAAGAGCGUGAUCCUGCAGAUUGCCCUCAACUGGCUGGAGCAGGAGAAGAAGGACGUCGCGGAGCAGAAGGAAGCCUACAUGGCCGAAAACUGUCCCACCCCUGACUUGAGCGGGGACCAGGCUGCCCUCAUGGAGCUGUGCAGGAAGCUCCACGCCGCCAUCGACAAGAUCGAUGAGGAGCGCUACGACGCCGAGGCCAAAGUGCAGAAGGCCAACAAGGAGAUCGAGGACCUCAACAUCAAGGUGGUGGACCUCCGAGGCGUCAAGAAGCCCGCCCUGAAGAAGGUGCGCAUGUCAGCUGACUCCAUGCUGCAGGCGCUGCUGGGCUCCAAGCACAAGGUCACCAUGGACCUCAGGUCCAACCUCAAGCAGGUCAAGAAGGAAGUGAAAGAGGAGCCCACGGAGGCGGUGGGCGACUGGCGUAAGAACAUCGAGGACAAAGCAGACAGGAAGAAGAUGUUUGAGACUUCCUAAGUUGUCGUCAUGUUUUAUGAAUGCCUUUUUUUGUCUUGUUUUUUUGCGGCACACAACUCACAAAACGCUUUCACGUUCUCACACAAAACGCCACAAUAAACCUGUCAAUGUUUGGUUUCACAUUGUGUUGACCCUUUUUCACAUAAUCAUGAUGUCAUAGCAUCAUAGUAAUAGUCAUUUGAACAAAAGUGAGAUGUUAUUAUUAGUGUUAGUAUUACAAUAACGUCAUUCAUUUUGAGGUCUUCAUUGAAGAUAUGUACAUCAGGCAUGAAAUAGAUAAAAGCUUGACUCAUAAUAACAAUAAAUGACGCAGAGAAAGAUUGAUUUACUCGUCCUAUUCAUUAUUUAAGGUGUAAUUUAACGCUUACAAUGCACAGAAAGGUCAUUAAAAGUCAUUUAUUUUUUAUUUGCUUUAAUUUAAUAAAAAAAAUUGAUUUUUAUUAUACAUUUAUAUGAAUUUUCAAUAACAUGUAACUGAUUACA